AUGGGAGCAAGGUCUCCAGGUUAUUUACCCUCGACCGUAUUCCAAGUCCUCUACGGCCCUUACCCUCGCUCCCUUCUUGACCUAUGGUUCGCACGAAUUAGAAGAGAAAAGCUUUAUCUAGCCAUGAACUCGACUAACUAUAUAUCUUAUAUGCACACUGAUGUCACCGCAUCCUCGCCUGAGGAGUUAUCUGAAAUAGAAAAACGAUGGGUUACCUUUCAGCCGUACUUACUAUCAAAAGGUUACCAACUUCGCCCUCGCUAUCGUCCUGGAUGGAAACCAUCCUGGGAAGGUACAAAUUUGGAUCCCAUUUCAUGCGAGGACAGCGGUAAUGCCGUGCCAGUACGGACGCUUGACGCAACCCGUUUAUCUGACCAACUUCAGGUUAUUAUUAAAAUGGUUAUCCCAUCUGAUGACGAUCGAGAAGGGGAAGAGGAAUUAGAUAUCGUACAGCACUUGUCCUCCAAUCCGUACUCCACUGAUCCUAGAAACCACACUGUGGAAUGUCUAGAUUCCUUUGCCGUUCCAGGACUGGACAGGGCUGUAUUCUAUGUUAUGCCACUCCUCAGAGAAUACAACGACCCACCUUUCCACAACUUAUACGAGAUACGCAACUUUCUUGUCCAGAUUUUCGAGGGAUUACGAUUUCUCCAUGUAAAUGAUAUAGCUCACUGCGAUAUUGCUUCGGCAAACAUUAUGAUGAAUGGCCAAACAUUAUAUGACGAACCGUUUCAUCCUUUUUACCAAGACUUUUCUCUCGACCGUAAACGACAGAUUCGGGCAAGAUACCUACGUAGUCAACGACCAGUUCGUUAUUACUUUAUUGACUUUGGCUACGCAAAGUGGUUUCGUGACCCAGCUCAACCUCGAGUGGUACAUGGAUACCGCGCUCGUGAAAGGACUCCCGAGCAACUGAGAGGGAAUGCCUAUGACCCUUUCAAAUCCGAUAUUUACCAACUAGGAGCAGUAAUACGGAGAGAUCUGAUCCCUGAAUACCCAGCUCUACGAUUCCUUCUACCUCUUGCUCGAGAAAUGACCGAUUAUAACCCAGCCAAACGUCCCAAACUCGAACAAGCAUACAAGGCUCUGGUCGCUCAAUUUGAUGAUUGUCCGGGCUGGGCGGUUCGCUGGCCAAUAGUUACUCGGGGCGCGUCUCUCCGAGAGAGAUAUGUAGCUUUUGUGGCAGGGGCAACUGCGGAGUUGUUUUUCCUCCUCGAGCAGUUUGUGGCACUCUUCUUUCCACGAGUUGCCUGA